AUGCAACUUCAAACAGAACUAAUUGAGAAGGUUAAAAAUUUUGUUAGCAAGAGAAUUCAUAAACAUCUUAAUAGAUUUAUUGAAGAAAUAUAUUUGGAUAAAGAAUUCAUAAUCGCAGAUUUCAUACAAUAUAAACUAAAUAAGUAUUGGUUGCUUCUUGAUGAAUCAAUUACAGUUGCUGCAAUCUUUGAUCCUUCUUCAAAAUUUACAACAUUUCUAUCUAUAAAAAAAAGAGAUACAGCUAUUAAACAUCUACAUCACUUAAUAGUUCAAUAUAUGUCACAAAAAUUAGUUACAAAUACUAGUAUAUUCAUCUUUAAAAAUAAAAAAAGAGAAUUUUUUGUAUUCUUGUUAAAACAACAGCAAAUAAAUGAACUACCACUAGAAGAAAUAGAUUUAUACUUAUCUUCGUCUUCAACUUUUAAAACUGAUUCUCUCACUUGUGUUCUCUAUAAAGAAGCCUUUUCUGUAGUAUUAGAAAUACUUACAAAGGUUUGUAAUCAUCUUUAUCCUGAAACUACUUGUGCUUUACUUUGCAAAGAUUAUACAAAUGUUCAACUUUCUUAUAAAAAAAAUAACUUGCAUAGUUACAAGGGAAAAAGACAACUAAAUGAAGCUGAAACAG